GCGCCAGGUCGGGCAGCGGGUUACGGGACUGGGGCGCCGCAUCCGGGCCGCUGCCAUGGGCCUGGGCGCCAGCGCCGAGCAGCCCGCGGGCGGCGCCGAGGGCUUCCACCUGCACGGGGUGCAGGAGAACUCCCCAGCCCAGCAGGCGGGCCUGGAGCCCUACUUUGACUUCAUCAUCACCAUCGGGCACUCGCGACUGAACAAGGAGAAUGACACGCUGAAGGCCCUGCUGAAGGCCAAUGUGGAGAAGCCCGUGAAGCUGGAGGUGUUCAGUAUGAAGACCAUGAAGGUGCGCGAGGUGGAGGUGGUGCCCAGCAACAUGUGGGGCGGCCAGGGCCUGCUGGGCGCCAGUGUGCGCUUCUGCAGCUUCCGCCGGGCCAGCGAGCAUGUGUGGCACGUCCUGGAUGUGGAACCCUCUUCGCCUGCCUUCUUUGCCGGCCUGCGCCCCUACACAGACUAUGUGGUUGGCUCAGACCAGAUCCUCCAGGAGUCCGAGGACUUCUUUACGCUCAUCGAGUCCCACGAGGGGAAGCCCUUGAAGCUGAUGGUUUAUAACUCCGAGUCCGACUCCUGCCGGGAGGUGACUGUUACUCCCAAUGCAGCCUGGGGUGGAGAGGGCAGUCUGGGGUGUGGCAUCGGCUAUGGGUAUCUGCACCGGAUCCCAACUCAGCCCCCCAGCCACCACAAGAAGCCACCUGGUACCCCGCCACCUGGACCCACCCCCCAGGACUCUCCUGCCCCUCCUAGCCCGGACAUGGGCUCCAGGCAGGGUGGCUACCUGGAGGCCCUGCUGCAAGCACCUGGCUCCUCCAUGGAGGAACAGCUUCCGGAGCUUGGGAGUCCCGGCCAUGGCGCUCCAGACCUUGGUGAUCUUCCACGUUCCAUGGAGUCUCCUCUUUGGCCUCCGCCUCCAGUGCAGCGAGUCAUGGACCCAGGCUUCCUGGACGUGUCGGGCCUCUCUCUCUUGGACAGCAGCAAUGCCAGUGUCUGGCCCAGCCUGCCCUCUUCCACAGAGCUAACCUCCACAGCUGUCUCAGCCUCAGGACCAGAGGACGUCUGCUCCAGCAGCGGUUCUCAUGAGCGUGGAGGUGAGGCCACAUGGUCUGGGUCAGAGUUUGAGGUCUCCUUCCCGGACAGCCCAGGCACCCAAGCCCUGCCAGACCACCUGCCUCAGCUGACCCUUCCCGACAGCCUCACCUCUGCAGCCUCACCAGAAGAUGGGCUGUCUGCUGAGCUGCUCGAAGCUCAGGCUGAGGAGGAGCCAACAAGCACAGAGAGCCCAGAUUUCGAGGUGGAGGCUGAGGGGGCAGCCAGUGAGGUCCAGCUCUCUACCCCAGAAUAAUGCCCUGGACUAUGACAAGGCCCCUGAUGGCAUUUCAUGAGGCCCAGAUGUGGAGAGGCAGCCUAGCCUCUUGCCUGAUCCCAGCCUAGUGUGUUCAGCUUUUAGGCUGUGGCUCUGAGUGAAUGCAGGGACUUCUGCUGGUGGUGGGCUUUUGUGUCCACUCAGACCCUACUUCUGGUCUCUAAGAGAUGACCUCCCAGCAUUAAUUCUGCCUGAUGGUCCUGGCUUUAGGGAAGUGGACACUUGUCUGGGGGUGGUAGAGGGCUGGGAGCAGCACCCCAGGUUAAGUAAGUUUUGCAAGAGCUGGGAUAGGGGAGGAAAGGAUUCUCUGCUGCUUGGGUGGGGCAUGGAGCCUCAGUGGGUAGUAAGAGGAGGCUGUGGGCCUUAGGGAAGGGCAUCUUUUGGCCAUGCACCCUUAAGUCCAGUGCUUACUCCUGUUCUGGUCACUAUGGCUGCCCAGGAGACAGCAGGGUCCAGAUACCAUCAGGUGUGAAGAUGGGGUGAGGGAGGAAGGGUUGGUGUAGAGUGUUCGCCUUGUAGGGCUUGCCUUGAUUCCUACUGCACAGCUCAGCCAGCCCUAUCUGUACUGGAAGGCACCCCCAAGCCCUGGGGACCCCUGAAGCCUCAAAUACUGUCUCUUCCAUCAUGUACCCUCGUCCCUGUGUUACACUGCACAGUUGGCUCAGGCUGCCCGACGUAUGCCAGUCAUGGUUAGAAGAGAGAGACAGUGAACUUGACUACCUCUCCUGGGGGUGGGGGGCGUUGGAAAUUCUAGGCUCUUCAGCAGAGACUCACUUGUGCUUGGAACACAAGGUUUCUUCUUCCCCAGGGUCCACACCCCACAGACCUAGUAUUCCCAGUGGUGACUCCUGUGAGCUCCCAAACUUAUAGAACCGUAUCUUCUAAAUAUCCAAGGCAUCCGGCCAGCCCCAAUGGUGAAUACAAGUUGCAAAUUUAAGUUCACCAUCCUAAGCAGACUUUCUCAAAGCUAGUCCACCUGACUGGAUCUCUUUACACAGAGCCCCGACCCCAAGGGGGAUGAGGAGCCUGUUCCCCCAACCCCCAGGUGCCUUGGGAGGCGGUGGGCCUUCUGCUCUGUCCAGGUCCUGCAGAAAGAGAAGGGCUCCAUCCAGGGGUGGUCCCUCAUCACCUGAAGUCCUCUCCUGACUUGGCUGGAGUCCCGCACCUUCCCACGCUCCUUGCUCAGCACCAUGAAAGCUGCCUCUGGCCUUGUCUUCUAGCCUCUGCCCAGUUGAAAGUCCUACCUUGACUGCUUGAUUCAUCAUGUCUGCACUAACAAGGAAUUCACAGAGUUCCGUUGGCCCACAGGACAAGGACUGUCAGCUCUUGUGGGGGGCACAGACCAAGUAUAUGGAGGAAAGCCCCCAAAUUAGUAAAUACUUAAUUUUUCUAGCACUGUGACUGCAUUUAAAGCAAGCCCUUGUCAAGCCUACCAGAGCAGCUGAUAAGCCUGCAGAACAACGAGGCAUUGUGUCCGAAGCCAGUGCUGGAGCUGGUUCCUGGAUUGUCUGGGAGCCCAGGGUCUGCUCGCAGGAAUCCAAGGAGUGGAACAGGAUUGCCACAGGACUGUUCUGAGGCCAGCUUCCCUCACUGUAGCCUGGCGGUCUGACCCAAAGUCACCCUCACCCACAGGUUCUGGUUCUUCCCUCCCUCACCUUUACACUUUCCACUCCCUAAACUGGGGGACAAAAUGAGUAUCAAUGGUAAUUAUUUCCAGGCUAAACAUGAAACCAGAAGUUU